UGCCUUCCUAACUCGAGUGUGUCUUUCCUAUUAUCUUCCUGCUAAGCAGCUUGUCUACCAAUGAUCCCUUUGUAAUUGUCGAGUGAGCUUCAUAUCGGCAACCAAGCAUGCGAUUAGCGGCAUACGCUGGGGUCUCGGCGACCCUAGCUGCCGGUGUGAUUCUAAAGGCGUUGCACCAGCGAUCCAACUUUUAUGCAGCUGCAGUUUAUCUUUCCCAGAGUAGCGCCAAUCUCAUGAUAUUGACGAAUUUAUUUCUCGUCGCUACUGGAUACUUUCUCUACGGCCUUCAGCGACUCUUAUACGGACGAUUACGCCCCAUCGAGACCGAACAACUGUAUGAGAAGGCCUGGUUCGCCGUGACGGAAACAUGCCUUGCGAUGACCAUAUUCCGUGGAGAGCUGGGUGUUUGGUUUUUGGUCAUGUUUGUCUGUCUUCUCGUGGGCAAGGUAUGGGGUUGGAUUGGUGAGGGCCGAGUUGAAAUCCUCGAACAACAACCGCCGGCGAAUCCCCGCUUAUUCCAUGCUCGUCUCGCGACAUCGCUAGUAUUGUCCGUCGUUUACGAUAUUCUCAUGUUGGACUAUGCAGUAAGGACCGUACUGGAGUCAGCUCGUGCGGACAUGAUGGUCAUGUUUGGCUUUGAAUUCGCCAUCCUGACCAUUUUGUCUACAUCAACUCUGGCGCGGUAUUGUAUCUCACUGGUCGAAAUAUAUAUCAAGUACCGCCAGAAGAUGGCCAAGCUAGCAGAGCGCAGGGCUGAAAUUCGCUCGGAGAGGGAACGAGCAAUACGCGAACACCGCGAAUCCGGCGCUGAAGGGCUUCCGGCUAACCUUCUUGAAGAAAACGACGUAGACGAGAUGGAGCUCGAUAUUCCUGGGUGGGAGGAAAAGGGUCGCUGGGUGUUCUAUCUAGACCUUAUAACCGACUUUUGCAAACUUGUCGUGUACCUGACCUUCUUCGCCAUUCUCUUCACAUUCUACGGCCUGCCCAUUCAUAUAUUGAGAGAUGUGGUUGUCACUAUCCGUUCAUUCGGUCGGCGUCUCGUUGAUUUCAUGAAGUACCGCACAGCGACACGAGAUAUGAACGAAAGAUACCCCGAUGCUACGGCAGAAGAGAUAACGAGGGAGGAUGUCUGCAUCAUUUGCCGAGAAGAGAUGACUCCGUGGCAACAACCAGCGGCCGAUGGACACAGAAGAAUCGUACCAGAGAGACUCCGGCCAAAGAAGCUUCCAUGCGGUCAUAUUCUUCAUUUCUCUUGUCUCAGAAGCUGGCUGGAGCGGCAGCAAAAUUGUCCAAUGUGUCGACGACCAGUAGUUGUGCCACGGAAUCAACAGUAUCCGGCGAACAAUGGAAACCAUGAUGGUCGCGCAAAUGCGGUCCCAGGAGCGCAACUAGGCCCCAAUCAAGCUGCACCUGUGAAUAAUGUGGCUGGCGGCGGCCAACCGCAGGCGCGGAUAUAUCAAUUUGGACCUUUCCGUAUCGGUUUCGGUGCAGGUCGAGGGGAUGUUUUCCGGAAUUUGCAUCAACAGAUUCAUGGAAACAAUCCACCGCCGGUAAAUAUUCCCCCAGGCGCUCAACAAAUCGGGUUUGGAUUUGGUUUCGGCGGUCGACCUCACCAACCUCAACAAAUUCUUCAAGCUCCUCACGCAGCUCCACAAGGUUUCAAUGUUUUGCAACCCGAGGUGAUGCCAACCAACUUAGCCAGCAUCCAGCAGCAGCUGGCAAAUCUUGAACAACAAAUUUCUCAGGAAUACCAGAGUCUACGAGCUACAGCAGAGCAACUACAUGUUUUACGGGCUUUGCAAACAGAGCUUCAGCGACUACGAACCGCGCAACAGAAUCUUUCUACUUCUCAACCCCCAGAGUCACACUCCACAUCUGCUGCUAUCCCUCCUACAUCCGCUGCCACGACUACGUCGACACUAAACAAUACAGUACCUACCACCAUCCACCAUUUAAGUGGCCAGUCGUCGUCUCCAAUUCCUGCUGGCGACAGUCGACUUCCACCGGGGCUUACACUUCCGCCAGGAUGGACAUUAACGCCGUUGCGGCGAGUAGAACCUUCGAGUAACACAGCAACAGCUGGAUCACCCGCGACAGCGUCCAUACCACCUUCCGUGCUUGAUCCUCGAUUGUUUGAACCUCUUCCUCCACGUGCUUCCAACGACAACCAGCUAUCGGACACUACCACCUCGACUCAAGAUAAUCAACUGCUGCAUGUCAGUAAUAACGAAUCCAAUCCACCGACUGAAACAGAAAAACCUAGAAACGAGUACAAUAGAAUCAGCCCCUCUUUCCAAUGGGGAGGCGACCGUAAUACCGACUCUCAACAUUCGAAAAAGAAUGACAUCCCCGCAGACUCCUCAUCUAGUCAAAACGCAGAUGCAGCUUCGUCAUCAGACGAUAAAGGCAAGGCUCGAGCCACAACGGUUGAAGACCUCAACGAUGAAGGAGAAGAUUGAUUUGGUUUUAUACCACCCACUUUUUGUAUAGGCACUUUAUCAAAAAAAAAAAAAAAAAAAAAAAAAAAAAAAAAACCAGAAGGAUACGAAUUCCAUCUUCUUUCUAGCUGUAAUUUGUUUUGUCGAAAAAUUAUCAUUUUCUGGGCGUCUUCUUCUUUCUACUUCUUCUCUCUCUUCUUCAUAACUGUCUUUUCCAAACAUGCAUCAUACCCUCCCGCUUAUUCCUUCUUGUGAAACUUGAUUUAUCCUUAUCAUGAAGAAUAUACGUGAUUACACCUGGCGCUUUACUUAUCUUUCAAUUCCCAGGAAAUCUUGCUCUCAAAUAGGGUUGUGUACUCGG